UAUCUUUUGUGUUUGUGGGGACUAUGCUUGAUUCUUCAAUAUUCUUUUUAUUCAUGUCCAUACAUGGAUGACACUUCACACAUCCACCUUAAUUAUUGUAUUGAUAUGAAUAACAUGAUCCCCAUAAGGAAUUAAAGGGUAAAUCUUAGUAUAAAAGCAAGGGUGUUUGGGGCACACAGGGACAAGGUCAAUCAAAUACCACUCCGUUUUUUUUUUUGACUAUGCAGAUCUAUUAGAUAAUGAAUUAAAAAAAGAAAAGUAAAGAAAGCUUCCAAUUGUUGUUAAGCUGCUUCCAUUUUCACUGUUAAAGCAAGGCAUGUCUAUCCUGAUUACCUGCCUCUGACAACUCCACUUCCUCUUCUUAUUACCCAAUCUCCCAACCCAGACACAUGCAAACCCUACACAAAUCCUUUCUUUUUGACAAUGCAACAUCCUGUUUUCUAGCCUCUCAAUGUGCUUCCCUGUGGGGUUUACUCCUUCCUUCUUUAUAAACACCCAAAGUCCUAAACUUUGCUAUUUUUUCCUUGUUGCCUCUUACCAGCCGUGUCUCAACGAGGUUUGUUGUGAUUCAUUUGCUCUUCUUGCGUUUAUUGGCAUCUAAUGCUCAAAGUUUUGAUUUUUGAUUGAUCCUGUCAAAUGGUGUCUGAAGUUCUUUUUUUUUUACGUUGGAUAUAUGAUAUCUGGUUCAGUCUGUAUGUUUCAUUAUGUGUGAUGAUUUGUCAAAUGUAGGAUAUUUGUUGGAAAUGUGAUGCCUAUUUCUAUUUGAUUUUGAUAUUUUUUUAUUAUUUGAAAAAGUUUUGGUAGGCGGUAUACUUUGAUUUAAAGAAAGCACUUUGCUUUCCUUUUAGCUGCUCUAUGUUGUUGAAGGGUCUUUGGCUUCUUCUUUAGAAACUUGAUUGUGGUUCAAGGUCUGUUUUUCUUAUCACACUGUUGAUCCUUAUCUUUCUAUAUUUGCUUUCCCACUGCAUUUGUUUACUGUUGUGAAAUAUGCGAUAUGCUAACGUGUACUGGACGUGGUUUUUUCAGACUUAUUAGUCACUUUUCUCUUUUUAUGCACAUAUAUUCAUUUUAGUAUCUUAUGUAAUUAGAAGGGAGAUUUGAUUGGAAUAUUUACUGUCAUAAAUCAAUUGAUAUUUUCAACAAAUGCAAAAUAUUUAGCAGUUUUUGAUUGUUAGAUACAGAUUGAGGUUUUAAGUUAUUUUAGUUAAACAUUUUUCAGGCAUCUUGGUGUUGGUGAAAAUGGCGUCUGAUCUGAACAGAACUCUGUCAAAAACAUAUAUCAGUCUGCAGUUGUGGGUACUUAUUGUAAUUGGCUUAGGAGUGGUUUUUUUAGUUAUCCUUGGCAUAUCUUUGUGGCUUAGUUUUCGAAAGAAAUCCAGAAGGCCUAAUGGCAUGCUUCCUGUAAGGCAAGCACUUUAUGUUUCAGAGGAAAUUAAAGAGAUAAGAGUUGAUCAAGUUUCAGCGAACAAUGCUUGUCUGAACACUCUAAAUAAUAAAUUCAGUGACAGAGAUUCAGAGAAGGUUUUGUUUGAUGUAGAUAAUGGAGAUGAUAGUGGUCAGUCAGGUUCCUUUAAUCAUUUGGAGAAGGAUGUUAAAGGAUCUCAGCCCAAAGAAGAGGGAGGCACUGAGUCAGUUUCCACAUACAGGCCUUCUUCACAUCCAUUGACUGCUUCUUCACCUUUGUCUGGCCUGCCUGAAUUUUCGCAGCUGGGUUGGGGUCAUUGGUUCACUCUGAGAGACCUACACCUUGCAACUAACUGGUUUUCAAAGGAUAAUAUUAUUGGUGAUGGUGGAUAUGGAGUUGUUUAUAGAGGCUUUCUGAUUAAUGGGACCCCUGUAGCUGUCAAAAAGCUCCUUAACAAUCCGGGACAAGCUGAUAAGGAUUUCAGGGUAGAAGUUGAAGCCAUUGGUCAUGUGCGGCAUAAACACUUAGUUCGACUUCUUGGGUACUGCAUCGAGGGCACACAGAGGUUGUUGGUUUAUGAAUAUGUCAACAAUGGCAAUUUGGAGCAAUGGCUCCGGGGAGAUAUGUGUCACAAGGGAUAUCUUACUUGGGAGGCUCGCAUAAAAAUUCUUCUUGGCACUGCCAAGGCGUUGGCUUAUUUGCAUGAGGCUAUUGAACCAAAAGUUGUGCAUAGAGACAUAAAAUCAAGUAAUAUACUGAUUGAUGACAACUUUGAUGCUAAGAUAUCUGAUUUUGGUUUGGCCAAAUUGCUAGGUGAUGGUAAAAGUUAUAUCACAACCAGAGUUAUGGGUACAUUUGGUUAUGUUGCUCCAGAAUAUGCCAACUCUGGCCUCCUGAAUGAGAAGAGUGAUGUUUAUAGCUUUGGCAUUGUGCUCUUAGAAGCAAUUACUGGAAGAUACCCAGUAGAUUAUGGUCGCCCUCAGCCUGAGGUAAAUAUGGUUGAGUGGCUAAAGAUGAUGGUGCAACUUAGACGCUCGGAGGAAGUAGUUGAUGCUCACAUUGAGACUAGACCAUCAACUAGUUCUCUUAAACGAGCUCUUUUGACUGCUUUGAGAUGCGUUGAUUCUGAUGCUGAUAAAAGACCAAAGAUGAGUCAGGUUGUUCGCAUGCUUGAAUCAGAGGAGUAUCCUUUUCCUCGAGAGGAUAGAAGACGCAGAAGGAAUCCGGAAGUGAAUUCAGAUGCUGAAAAGAGUGAUGAUCCAGAUUCAAGAUUGGACAGUAGAAUGCGGCAUCACUCCUAGACUGGGGAGCAAAAUGGUUUUAGAAGCUGAGAACAAGGGCAACCAUCAUCCUUACAUUUGUUAAUAUUCUGAUGCCUUGGAAUGGCCUAUAGUUGAGAUCGAACAUGUACAGCAGAUGCAGGCAAGGCAACUGAGGGAAUCGUUUUUUUUUUUUUUUUGGAGCUUUGAAUUACAUGUCCACUUCUAGAUUCUAGAGAAGAUUUGUUUUGAGUUUGGAAAGGGCACCAUUGCUUCUAGAUUCUCUGUGCAGGUCUAUAUGGAUUCUAAAUCAUUUUUCCCCGUUAUUUGGAUUAUGUCUUAUAGUUCACUUUUAUGAAAUUUUGUAGCUCGGAUCAGAAAAUGAAAAGAAAAAUACUAUUGAUGUGAGUCUAGUGACAGAACGUACUCUACGCAUGCUGAAAAACAAAGCAGGUACAACCAUAUUUCUGCUGAGGUAGCAAUAAUUCAAGCUGAAAAUUAAGACCAUGGUGCUGGCUGCGCCUGUGGGUCCAUGUGCUGGAGUGGGUUUGCGCCUCCCAUGUGCAGAUGAUCAUUCAAAAAUCUGUUGCUUGGAUGGGAAUCGCAGACGUAAAACCUUUUUUUAUGGUCCCAAGUUUUUGUUUGUGGUCAAUCUACAGACUUGAACAGAGGCAGAGUUACACCUAGACAAUUUUGUUCCGUUGGCGAAGGGACAAUAACAGAAAUGUAUUGUAUGUGAAAUUGCAGGUGGAAGAGUAGCUUAACAACAGGCAGGUGGUAAUGUGGAUUUGGAUAUAAUUGUUAUUUGCAGGGAAGGGGCAACGAUAAGUGCGUGCAAUCUAACACAAGA